AUGUCCUCCACGGUUUCCCUAGGCCGACCCUGGCCUCCCUCUCCCAGUGUUGAGGAUGAAUGCGAAUCCCUCUCCCGCGAAUUCCUAGACCCAUCGGUCUUGAACAUAAUGUUGAAUAAUGAUACCGUCGUCCCGAAGGGAACUGUAGAUCAGUAUCCCCUCAUCCUCCCCUCUGACAUUGUUACUCCAUGCUCAACACCAACGGACACAUGUGGAAGUCCCAUCGACCCGAAAUCCGCAUGCAAAUCAUCCAACGGAAAUAUCGACCUUGCAAUUGCUCAAUCUCUUCCCGAUACCAGUCGAGCUUCUGGUAGAGAACAUGGGCCGGAUGUCUCUACUCCGCCUUCCUCUCAUCAUCAGACAUCCAAACCCAAUAAUGUGCUAUCGGAAUUGCCCAUCUAUCACGAAUCAAAUAUAUCUUCGGGGAUUCCAGAUGUUCUUCAGCCUCAUGGAUGGUCAGCCAUCAACCCGGCUGACUCACUUCACCAAAAGCCAGGCCUAAACAGGCACUUCUCUGAAGGGGAUGAAAAACUUGACUUCCGCGGAACAACAGUCAGCGGAACAGAAUGGCACAGUGAUGAUGAAUUACGGACGUCUCACGGUGCCAUAAACGGUCGGGAGACCCUAAGCAACACCGUCCCGAUCAAGAAACAGAAAAGGGUGAAUUUUCAGCUUCCCGAUGAACCUCCUGAGGAAAGAGUGUCACUGGAGGCCGAGCUUCCCCUGGAGCAUGAGUUUGAGCUUCUUGACGGACGCUCAACGGAAAUUUAUACUUCCCGCGGUUCAAGUAUGUAUUAUGAAGAUGAAUUGCCCAUGGAUAACUACGACCCCACCUUCAUUACGUAUAGGCAAGAUUACACCUACCUUGCCCAUCCUCAGCCACUAAAACUCAACUGCAACUAUGGUGGAACACGCAGCAGAGUUUCUGAUUCUGGAUCUCCUGUUACCUCACCACUCAAACUGACUUCACGACCCCCAAGUCAGUCGCCAAGACAACAUACUCCGAGCCCUACAGGUUCCCGCCUAAGUCCAAUUUCUCGUGUUGCCUUAGAUAAGACCAAGAAAAUAAUGCCUAUCACGAAUAAAGAUUCCAGAGCCAGCACGAAUUCUUCUCCAGUUAGACGCAAAGGGCCUUUCCUAUCACCCCCUUUAUUGCCAUCAGGCUAUGAGAUAAUUGUUAGAAGAGGUAGCGACAAACAAUCCCACCGGAAUAGCAUUCCAGCAAUGACUUCAUCCCAUCUCCUAUCCAGAUCACGAAGCACAACAAUUCCCUCACAGGUACUAGUGCGCCGUCAUCAAACCAUCGCGGCUGCUCCCCCUGUCAUUGCACUUGCCCCUUGCCCCCGAUCCAUUCCCAUGGCUGGCCAUCAGGACUGGUACACCAUCAAGGGCAUGACGCACUUGGACAUCUGCCCUUGUUGCAUGCGCCAAAUUGGUGGCUCCCGGUUCCGUGAUCUCUUUAUUCCCAGCCUUCCUAAAGCUCGCGGUGAGAAUGUUCGCUGUGCCCUCAGCCAGCCAUGGGCACGCCUCGCAUGGGUCCAGACAAUGAAACUACAGCUCAACCACCUUGAGCUGCUCCAGCGCAUUACCCUUCCCCCAAAGGGAAGCCGCGCAUGCAGCGGUCGUAACCCCUCAGUACAGUCUUGGUUCCGUCUUGCGGACCCUGAAACAGGUCGCAAUGUCACUGAUUUCAACGCCUGCUCCGCAUGCUUCCGCAACUUGCAAAUUCUCAUGCCCUCGCUACGGGACGCCUUCCGCGCUGGCCCACUCGUCCAAGAGCGCAUUUGCGACCUCCGCAUCGACAGCCCACGUUUCGUUAGAUACCUCGACCUUCUAGAUGAGGCUGCAACACGCAGUUACUCCGCUCCCCGGGGCCGAUUGGACAUGCGCGAAUUUGUCAGAUAUGCUCGACGCAAGAGCAGCAUCCCAGAUUGCCCUCGGGAUCACUUUGCUACAGGACCAUGGCAUUAUAUCCCUGAGCUACCGGAAUUUACCAUCUGCGAGGACUGUUAUGAUGAUGUUGUCUACGAUCGUUCUCACACUGGUAUUGGCAAAAUGGUUUCGCGGACCCCACAGCUGGUCCCUGGGCGCAGGGAUCAGCAAUACACAUGCCAGCUGUAUAGCCCGCGUAUGAGAAUGGUGUUCCGGGAAGCUGUGCAGACUGGGGACUUCAAAUAUUUGGCCACAGCUGCGUUGCGCAGAUAUGAAGCGGAGAAUUUGUUCCGAGAACGAAAGCGGGCGUUGUUGGAUGAUGUGGCAAGGGGCUAUGAUAAGGAUGCGGAGUUGAGGUGGAAUGCGGAAGAUUGGAGGAGAUGCGAAUAG